AUGACUGGACGUGGAAAAGGGGGCAAAGGCCUAGGCAAAGGCGGUGCGAAGCGUCACCGCAAGAUCUUGCGUGACAACAUCCAAGGUAUCACCAAACCAGCUAUCCGUCGCCUGGCUCGCCGUGGUGGCGUGAAACGUAUCUCUGCAAUGAUCUACGAAGAGACGCGCGGUGUUUUGAAGACCUUCCUCGAGGGGGUUAUUCGCGAUGCCGUCACCUAUACCGAACACGCCAAACGCAAGACAGUCACCAGCUUGGAUGUUGUGUACGCUCUGAAACGACAGGGACGUACCCUUUACGGAUUCGGCGGUUAG